CUAAGGAGAUCACAGUUAUGUUUACUUCAAAGAUGUCUCCCCCCUCCUCCCCGCUAGCUCUUAGCUUUAGCUCACCGACAAAAUUUCCAAGAAUCUGAAGAACAUUCCAGCAAUAAUAAUAUUAUUCUGUGUACGAGCUUCCUAAAGCGUCCUCGGAAUGCAGCUGAAGCAUCUCAAGACACUUUUAACCCCGCAGGAGGGUGCUGCCAAAGUGACCUGCAUGUCCUGGGCACCGAACAACAACAAGUUUGCUGUUUGCACUGUGGACAGAGUGGUGCUGCUCUAUGAUGAGCAGGGAGAGAGGAGGGACAAGUUCUCCACCAAACCUCUGGAUGCCAAGUAUGGAAAGCAGAGCUACGUUGUGAAUGACAUGGCCUUCUCGCCGGAUUCCACCAAAAUUGCCAUCGGCCAAUCAGACAAUAUCAUCUUUGUCUACAGGAUUGGAGAGGAUUGGGGGGACAAGAAAGCCAUCUGCAACAAAUUUGUUCAGACGAGUGCUGUGACCUGUCUGCUUUGGCCUGCAGAGCAUGCUAUUGUCUACGGAUUAGUCGAUGGCAAGGUCCGGCUUGCCAAUAUUCAGACAAAUAAAUCCUCAACCAUCUACGCCACAGAGUCCUGUGUUAUCUCAUUAGCAUCAAAUGUCUCUGGUAAAGGGAUCCUGUCGGGCCACGCUAACGGGACAGUUGUGCGGUACUUCUUUGAUGAUGAAGGCUCAGGGGAGUCACAGGGUAAGCUUCUGACACACCCGUGCCCACCCUACGCUCUGGCCUGGGGUGCCAACAGCAUCGUGGUGGGCGGCUGCGACAAGAAGGUGGUGGCCUACGGCAGAGAAGGCCACAUCCUGCAGACCUUCGACUACAGCCGUGACCGAGCAGAGAGGGAGUUCACCGUGGCCGUCGCCAGCCCCAGCGGGCAGUCUGUGGUGUUUGGCAGCUUUGACCGGUUGCGGGUGUUUAAUUGGGCUCCGAGGAGAGGAGUGUGGGAUGAAGCCAAACCUAAAGAAAUUGCCAACCUCUACACCAUCACCAGCUUGGCCUGGAAGAAAGAUGGAUCACGCCUGUGCGCUGGAACGCUGUGCGGAGGAGUGGAGCUGUUUGACUGCUGCUUGCGAAGGACCAUCUAUAAGAACAAGUUUGAGAUAACCUACGUCGGCCUGAGCCAGGUGAUAGUGAGAAACCUCUCUACAGGAACUCGGGUUGUCCUGAAGUCCUACUACGGUUAUGAGGUAGAAGAAGUGAAGAUCAUGGGGAAAGAUCGCUACCUGGUGGCUCACACCUCAGAUACUCUUCUGCUGGGAGAUCUGCUGACAAAUAAAUUAAGUGAGGUGCCUUGGCCCGGCUCUGGGGGAAACGAGAAAUUCUUUUUUGAAAAUGAAACAGUGUGCAUGAUUUUUAAUGCUGGGGAGUUGAGCCUGGUGGAGUACAGCAGCAACGAGAUUCUGGGAUCAGUCCGGACGGAAUUUAUGAACCCCCACCUCAUCAGUGUCCGACUAAAUGAGAGGAAGCAGAGAGGAGUUGAAGACAACAAGAAGCUUGCUUAUCUGAUUGACAUAAAGACCAUCGCUGUUGUGGACUUGGCCGGAGGCUACAAUCUGGGAACCAUCAGCCAUGACUCCAAGAUUGACUGGCUGGAGCUCAAUGAAACCGGGCACAAACUGCUGUUCAGGGACAAGAAGCUGCGGCUCCAUCUGUACGACAUAGAGUCUGGCAUGAAGACCACAUUGCUGAGCUUCUGCUCUUACGUCCAGUGGGUGCCCGGCAGCGAUGUGGUGGUCGCCCAGAACCGGGGAAACCUCUGCAUCUGGUACAGCAUCGACAGCCCAGAGAGCAUCACUAUGUUCCCUAUCAAGGGAGACAUUGUGGAUCUAGAAAGAGCCGAUGGGAAGACCAAUGUGAUUGUGACAGAGGGCGUCAACACGGUGACAUACACACUGGACGAAGGCCUCAUUGAGUUUGGUACUGCUGUUGAUGACGGAGAUUAUGACAGAGCCAUAGCCUUCCUCGAGACUCUGGAGAUGUCACCAGAGACUGAAGCCAUGUGGAAGACACUCAGCAAGCUGGCUCUAGAGGCUCGCCAGCUGCACAUCGCAGAAAGGUGUUUUGCUGCGCUGGGUGACGUCUCAACCGUCCGUUUCCUGCACCAAACAAACCAGAUUGCAGACAGAGUUUCACAGGAAAUGGGAGAGGAUGGUGCAUCGUUUUAUCAAGUCCAAGCCCGUGUGGCCAUGCUGGAUAAGAACUUUAAACUGGCUGAGAUGCAUUACAUGGAACAGAACGCCAUUGAUGAAGCCAUAGAGAUGUACCAAGAGCUCCACAUGUGGGAUGACUGCAUUGCCGUAGCUGAAGCCAAGGGCUACCCAGAGCUCGACACCUUGCGCGGGAACUACUACCGCUGGUUGACUGAGACGGGUCAGGACGAGAAGGCUGGUGAGGUGAAGGAGAGCGAGGGAGACCUCCAGGGCGCCAUCAACCUCUACCUGAAAGCGGGACUGCCGGCUAAAGCUGCCCGCCUCGCCAUCAGCCAGCCGGAGAUCACGAAUAGCAGCCAGACCGUCGGUCGCAUCGCUGCCAGUCUCAUCAAGGGAGAGUUUUACGAGAGAGCAGGAGAUCUGUAUGAGAAGAUCAGUAACAACCAGAGAGCUCUGGAGUGCUACUGCAAAGGAGGCGCCUUCAGGAAAGCGGUGGAGCUGGCUCGACUUGCCUUCCCUGCUGAGGUGGUGAAACUGGAGGAGGCCUGGGGAGACUACCUCGUCCAGCAGAAACAGAUGGACGCUGCCAUCAACCACUUCAUUGAAGCAGGCUGUUCCCUUAAAGCAAUCGAGGCGGCCAUCGCAGCUCGCCAGUGGAAGAAAGCCGUCCACAUCCUGGAGUUACAGGAGGACCCGUUGGCAGCGAAAUACUACGUGAAGAUAGCUCAGUACUACGCCUCCAUGCAGGACUAUGAGGUGGCAGAGCAGCUGUUUGUGAAAGGAGGUCACAUUAAAGAUGCAAUAGACAUGUACACCACAGCAGGACACUGGGAGGAGGCUCACAAGCUGGCAGUGACGUGUAUGACAGAGGAGGAGGUUAUGGCUCUGUACAUCGACAAAGCUCAGGAGCUGGAAAGCGAAGGGAAGUUCAAGGAGGCUGAGAGGCUGUUUGCUACAGUAAAGAAGCCCGAACUCGCCAUCAGCAUGUACAACAAAAACCGGAUGUUUGAUGAUGUCAUUCGUUUGGUGGCCAAGCAUCACCCUGACAAGCUGACUCAGACCCAUCUCAGUCUAGCCAAGGAGUUGGAGGCAGAAUCGAGGUUCUCAGAGGCGGAGUACCACUUCAUGGAGGCUGAAGAGUGGAAAGCUGCUGUCCACAUGUACAGCGUCAACGAUAUGUGGGAGGAUGCGUACAGGGUGGUAAAGAGCCACGGAGGUGCUGGUGCGCAGAAGCAGGUGGCCUACCUGUGGGCCCAGAGUCUGGGUGGAGAGGCUGCCGUCAAGCUGCUCAACAAGUUUGGCCUGAUAGAGCAUGCCAUCGAGGCCGCUUCAAAUAAUUACUCAUUUGACUUUGCUUUUGACUUGGCCCGACUUGCAUGUAAGGAAAAGAUUCCUGAGAUCCACCUCAAGCAUGCCAUGUGCCUGGAAGAUAAGGGGAAGUUUCCUGAAGCUGAGGUUGAGUUCAUUAAAGCAGGAAAACCCAAAGAAGCUGUGGACAUGUACAUCCACAACAAGGACUGGGCCAGUGCACAGCGGGUGGCUGAAGCCCACGAUCCAGAGAGCAUGUCUGAGGUUCUGGUUGGCCAAGCCAAGUUCUGCUUUGAACAGAAAGAUUUCCAAAAGGCUGAAGCUUUCCUGCUCCGAGCACAGAGGCCCGAACUCGCUGUUAAAUACUACAAGGAUGCAGACAUGUGGAGCGAUGCCAUACGUAUCUGCAAAGAGUAUCUCCCCAACAAGCUCUCCAUUCUCCAAGAGGAGUACGAGAGGGAGACCUCCAGGAAAGGAAUCAGGGGUGUGGAGGGCCUCCUGGAGCAGGCCAGGGAGUGGGAGCAGUCAGGUGAACACGCCCGGGCUGUGGAGUAUUACCUGAAGGUGAAGGAUGACUCCAACACCACCCUGAUGGAGAAGUGCUGGAUGAGGGCGGCAGAGUUGUCCAUCAAGUUCCUGACAGCAGACCGAGCGGUGGAGGUGAUCCAGGUGGUCGGACCACGACUCGCACAGCUGCGGAGGUUCAACGCUGCUGCCGAGCUCUACUUAAACAUGGACCUCUUCAAAGAGGCAAUCGAUGUCUUUAUUGAGGGUGAGGAGUGGAACAAAGCCAAGAGAGUCGCCAAAGAGCUGGAGCCGAGGUAUGAGGACUACGUGGACCAGAAGUACAAAGAGCACCUUAAAAACCAAGGCCGAGUGGAGUCUCUGGUGGGAGUGGAUGUCAUGGCGGCUCUGGACAUCUACGCAGAACGAGGCCAGUGGGAGAAAUGCAUGGAGACAGCAUCCAGACAGAACUUUCAGAUCCUCCAUAAGUAUGUCGCUCUGUACGCCACACAUCUCAUCAAGGAGGAGAAAGCGCCAAAGGCUCUUCAGCUUUACGCACAGCAUGGAGUCCCACCAAACCCUCAGAACUUUAACAUCUAUAAGCGUCUGUUCCUGGACCUGAUUAACCUCCCUGACUCCGACGGGCCAGAGUCCUACCGCAUGUGGGCCGACCUCCGCGAUUUCCUGUUCCAACUGUGUGAGAACAUGUCCAAAUCAGCCGAGGCAAACAGUCCAGCUCAUGAAGAUUUUGAACAGAUGCUGCUAAUCGCUCACUGCUACGCCACGAGAUCCGCCGCUAAAGGAGUCGAGCAGCUGAUCAGCGUAGCAACCAAGCUGUCUGUGUCUCUGCUGCGUCACACUGAGCUCGUUCCUGCAGACAAGGCUUUCUACGAGGCGGGCCUGGCCUGCAAGGCUAUUGGCUGGGAAAACAUGGCCUUCAUCUUUCUUAACCACUUCUUGGAUCUGUGUGACGCCAUUGACGAGGGGACUCUGGACACUGUGGACCACACCGACUUCCUGGACACCGAUAUUCCCUUUGAGGUUCCAGUUCCCACCAAACUCUGCGUCACAGACAGCCAGCGGGAGCAGAUCCGUGACUGGGUGCUGAUGGUGUCCAUGGACCAUCGGCUCGAGCAGGUGCUGCCACGUGAUGAGAGGAACUCAUACGAAGCCUCACUGGUGGCCGCCAACACCGGCCUUCGCUCGCUGCCCUGUGUCCUCACUGGCUACCCCGUGCUGAGGAAUAAAAUCGAGUUCUCAGCUGCGGGCAAAGCAGCCAACAAGGAAGACUGGAACAAAUUCCUCAUGGCCACGAAGACCACUCACAGUCCAGAGUGUCAGGACGUCCUCAAGUUCAUCAGUCAGUGGUGCGGCAGCCUGCCGGCAUCUGGAUUCUCCUUCCACUGAUAGAAAUGACUUCCAGCUCUGUCCUGUAUCGUUUUACUCUGUUGCACACUUCUAUCUCUGCUGCAACAUUUAAAAGAGCUUCUUCUUCUUCCUCAUCUUUUCUCUACUCAUGCAGUUACUUCACCAGCUGCCAAAUCUUUUAUCUUCCCCACAAAUUCAUUGUUAUUUUUUCAACUUGAGGUCUGGAUUUUUUAUCGAUUUGAUCACAUUUAACCUUUUCCCUCUUGGUCAGAGGAGAAUCAAUAUCCCUUUAUUUCGGUUUAAAACAAUUAAUGAUUUUUUCCUCUUUAAAAGCACAAUCUGUGUAAUAUAUAUUAAACUGUACAUUUGUAUAAGGAUUAUAAAACUUACAAACAUGUACAUAAACAUGACUCUGAACCUGAGCAAUCCUUUGACAGUUCAAGAAAUACACUUAGUUAUGCUAAACAUGAGACUGCGGCUAGCAGCCUCUUAGCUUAGCAUAAAGACUGAAAAUGGGGAGGCAGCUAGUCUGACUCUAGUUUAACACUUCAUAUCUACUUUAUUGAAUCCACACACAGAAAUGCAGUAGUUGGAGCAGAUUUAGUUGUUUCCCCCAUACAGACAAGAGGCAGUAAGCAUAUUUCUAAUAACUACUCUUAAAAUUUUUACCACUGUUGGAGCAAAAGCACAAGAUAAAAAUCCAUAACUAUUUAUUACAAUUCAGGUUUAAAUAUUUCUGAAGCAACUUUAGAAAAACCAAUAAGCUCCAGCACCAAUAUUUUUUUAUUGCAGCAACUAACAGUGGAUAAAAAUAGACACAACAUGAGCUUCAGUUUGAAACCCAUAAAGCUCCGAUGCUCUGUUCAUACAGUGCUCUCGUUAAAAGCCUCAAAGCUCAGAAGAAAGCUAAAAUCUGUGGAAAAUAUCUGAUUUUCAGUAUCCGUGUUCGUCAAGCACAAGCCCUUUUUGUUCCUUAGUGAAAAGAAAGAAAAAAAGAUGCAAUCAUUUGCCAAAACAACUCUAGCUCUGUUUGGUUUUUAACCAAAUUUUAGUUAAAAGAAUAAAUUUGUUGGGCAUUGUUUUCAGCAGCAGAUUAAUCCUGGUUUGCUCCACUGAGGGCGACGCAGAAUUAAAGCAAAAUCAACAUCAGAGCUCUGAGGCACAGAAGGCAAAUGAUGCAUCAGGACGAGCCGAUGUUUUUUUUUUUUUUUUUUUCAGGAUGCUUCAUUUAUUUUAUCCUCCGACUGGUCACUUUAUCCCAAGACAUCAUCACCAUGGAAACACAUAUCAUCCAUCUCGUUGUUUCUGUCUAGAUUCUCAGUCCUCUCCUCUCUCUCGCUCAUCAUCACAAGGACUUUCUCUCAGGAUGGCAUUGCUGAAUUAAAGCCAAAGGUUUCCGUCUGUGAAGGCUUUCUUCUGCAGCAGCAAUUACAAUACUUAGUAACCUGACACUAUGACGCUACGGCAGCGGUUUAAUGUGUGCAGACUGAAAUGUGCUCUUUUCUCUGCGAAUGCGCUUCAGAGGCCGGUAAUGUUUGUCAAAGCUUUUACUGUGUGUUUGAUAUGGAAUGUAUUUUGUUUAAUAAAGUUGGAAUAUAAAAGUG